AUGUGUACUUUUAUGGAAACCAGGGUAGUGAGGGGUCGGACACUACAUGUGUUGGACACAAAUGUAGACCAAUUUUUGGGCAUUCCAUACGCCGAACCCCCGGUCGGCAAACAUAGGUUCGCAAAACCCGAACCCAUUUUAAAACCAUUUCCCAAUAUAAUCGAUGCAACAAAACUUAAAUAUUCAUGCAUUCAACCACCAAACAUAUAUAUCAAACCGGAAUUACAUUACAGUGAAGAUUGUCUGGUGCUUAACAUUUGGACACCAAAUACCACAGCAUUAAAGCCAGUGAUGUUUUGGAUAUACGGCGGCGGACUUACUAUGGGAUCGAUAUUUCAAGAGUGGUAUAACGGGAGCGCUUUGGCCACCAAUGAUGUGGUGGUUGUGUCCGUCAACUAUAGGUUAGGACCGUUUGGUUUCCUAUACGGGGAUCGGGAGGACGCGCCCGGAAAUGUCGGACUCUAUGACCAGUUAUUGGCUCUCAAAUGGGUUAGAGAAAAUGCCCAUACGUUUGGCGGAGAUAGGGAUCAGAUCACCAUUUUUGGUGAGAGCGCCGGGAGUUGGUCGGUGUCCGCACACAUACUCUCCCCGCUAUCCAAAGGCCUAUUCAAGAGGGCUAUUAUGGAAAGCGGGGCUCUUAUUGAGGACUGUCUGGUGCUUAACAUAUGGACAACAAAUACCACAGCAUUAAAGCCAGUGAUGUUUUGGAUAUAUGGAGGAGGGCUGGCAGCAGGGUCAAUAUAUGAGCCACAGUUUAAUGGAAGCGCUUUGGCCACCAAUGAUGUGGUGGUUGUGUCCUUGGCAAACCAUUCACUCGACACCAAUGAUGUGGUGGUUGUGUCCGUCAACUAUAGGUUAGGACCGUUUGGGUUCCUAUACGGGGAUCGGGAGGACGCGCCCGGAAAUGUCGGCUUUUAUGACCAAUUAUUAGGUUUAAAAUGGGUCAGAAAAAACAUUCACUCAUUUGGCGGAGAUAGGGAUGAGAUCACCAUUUUUGGUGAGAGCGCCGGGAGUUGGUCGGUGUCCGCACACAUACUCUCCCCGCUAUCCAAAGGCCUAUUUAAGAGGGCUAUUAUGGAAAGCGCGGCUCUUAUGUUCAAUAUAGACAAGGAUGUAGUCAACAAAAAUGAGGCCCUAUCUCAGGGCAAAGCAAUUGCCACACAAUUGAAAUGCAAUAAAACCGAGGAUUGGAUACAUUGUCUGAGAAGAGCGGACGCUAACGAUAUACUCAAAUAUUGGGACCCAUUCGCCACUCACCCGAUGUUGAUUUAAUCGCUGGUAUUGUACGCAACGAGGGCUCAGCAUUAACUGGAAGUGCGAUCAAGGACCCUGAUCAUAUGACAAUUACUGAUUUUUAUAACGGAAUGAAAGCAUUCGACGUAUUAGGUUAUCACAACUUGAAUGUAACGAAAGUGGCGGACCAUUACUUGAAAGGUGUCAACACUAGCAGUCCGGCAGCUCUACUCCAAUCGUUUAGCUCACUUGCGGGGGACCUAACAAUUGGUUGUCCGACAUAUUUGUUCGCCAAACGGUUCACACAAACUGUCAAAGAGUCGCAAAGGGUUUACUUUUACGAGUUGUUAUACGCGAGUGAAUGGUUUGCCAACUAUAGUGGUUGUGAUAUAUCGAC